AAUGGUAUCACUCUUGUGUAUAUAUACAAUAUAUAUUUGUAUAUAUAUGUAUACAUAAUAUACAACUUCACUGAGGUUAUAUUAUUCCUGCUAAGUUGUUAAGGUUAUAUUGUAUGUAUUGAAAAUUUAAUUGAACAUUAAAUUUGGAGAGCAAUAACGUGAUUUUUCGAGUUAUAUAUGUUCUUAUAAGACAUAAUGUUUGAUUAUGUAAAUACAUGUUAUAGUAAUUUAUUUAGAACUUUAAUUUUUUAUUAAUACGUAAUUAAUGCGUAAUUUUGGAUACCAAAAUAAGUAACAAUAAACAUUAUGGCUUCUACAAAAAAUGAGGAGAAAUCCAUUUUAGAAGCAGAUACUGUCUUCUUGUUAAUGAAGAAAGGUUUUCCUAUAUCUCGAAAUGUAAGAGCCCAAUGGAUGAUAGAACAUUUAGAUACUCUGAUAACCAUACAGAGUCCAAGUUUUAAAAACAAAGAAGCGCCAGAAUUAGAAGUUGUAUCUGUUUUACCAAAGACAAAAGUUGAAUCAUGGUCUUCUGAAACAAGCCAUCAGUAUCUGUAUAGAGUAACUUCUACAACUUCAAUAACAUUUUUGGCUCACAAAUACAGGAUGGUUUUUAAUUUAGAUUUAAGUCCAUCACUUGCAACUAUAGACAUACAACAUGGUGAAAUUGUAAUAGAUGAAGUAUAUAUAGCAACAAAACGAUUUUUGGAAAAUAUUAUUAAGCCUUUCACCAUUCCAGGAAGUAAAAGAAUAAUACAACCAGAAAUUUAUGUAACUAUAAUUACUCACACACCAUUUUUUACGAAUCCUGCACAGCAAGUUCUAGUACAAGGUUGGCUAGUAACUAUGGAUAAUGUCAGUCAGCUUACAAGCUUUAUAGAGAAACAACUUAAUAUAUUAGAAGAAAAAAUAGCAUGUAUUACUGCUAUAGCUAGUCAACAAUUGGAAAACUUAAGAGCUGAAAGUGAACGUUUGGUGGGAGGACUUUUUGAAGAAAGCAAUACUUGUUUAAAUAAAAGUAGUACAUCUGGUACUAAUGUUUCAAUACUUUCUCCAGAAUCGAAUUUCGUUAAUAUGUUGAGAUAUGGAAUGUUAGCACUUACACUUCUACCAGAACACAGUUGCGCACAUAUGAUCGUUGUAUCAGAUGGUAUAGUUGGAACUACAGAUGUUCAUGUCUUAGAUUCUGUUAUACAACAGCUACGUGCAACAACGAUUGCAUGCAGUUUUCUACACGUUGGCAGUGCAUAUCAUCCACAUUGUGCAGAUGGUUUAGUUCCAUAUCAGGAUUUGUUACAUUUUAUUGCUAGGGCUACAUUGGGUACUUAUAUGACUUUUAUUUCACAUUCAGCACAUGCAAACGAAACAGAAAUGAAUAUUUAUCAUGCAAAUUUUUUAUGCUGGCAACUAUAUCGUGAAGUAAACUGUAGUAGUUUACCAGAUUAUUCAAACUGGAAUUCUAAAAACUCUUUGUUUUAUGAGCAAAAAUCCGAUCAACUAUUACAAAAGAAGCAAAUAGAAGAUAAAGUUACUUGUACAUUAAGUAGCUUGCUAUGCUGUCGUCUUCGUGAAGGAUAUUUAAUAAAACGUGCUAAUGUGAGAGAUGAAAUGCUUGAAAUUUGUUUUGUAUUGUUAUGGAAAUCUAGUGUUUCGCUCGAAUAUGUAAUAAUAUGUCCUUGGUCUACAAAGUCAUUAUCUGCAUCUAAUACAAUACAAUAUAAAAUUACUAUAGAAGCCCCGUAUGAAUUUCUACACGACAUCACAUGUUUAUCGAAAAAACCACUAAAAUCACAAUAUCGUCAAGGUGUUGUUAAUUGUUUCUGGACAGCAUUGACUUCUUUAACAGAGAGUGAUACUAUGCUUGCACAUUUUAGCUGGUUUCCAGAAUGUGGUUGGACUUGGUAUAGUGUACCAGAUACCAUUAGAAGCGGCAUGCCAGUAUUUUAUUUGUCAGCUUAUCCUUCACCUAAUACAGUACAACUUAGUGAUGCAGCAUGCCCACAAUUUGGACAAAUAUGGCAACCAGUAGUAUCUUUAAAUCCUUUACAAUGGGCUCGUUGGAUGCAUACACAAAGAGUAACAUUAAUUUUAUCACACGAUAGGCCAGUGCCCAAACAUUUACACCAGGCAAAUCAAAGCGGUCGUUUUCAGUGUGUUCAAAGUCGUCAGGCAGCUGCCGUUCUCUAUGCCAUGUUAAAAAAUUGGGCAACGUUCGUCCUCGUUGAAAACCACACAUAUGUACAAUUUAUUUACAGAGAAGCAGAUAAACCUCCUGUUUCAUUUUCAUUAAUUCGUAUUAAUUGCAAAGCUCUUUGUGUUAUCCUUAACAUUGCAUUCGCAGCCGGAACAGAAGGAGUCGUUCGACAUAAUGUCGUGGUUGAUCUUUUAGAUAGAUUAUCAAAGCUUACUUUACCAAAUAGACCUACGGAACAAAAGGAAACACCUUCUUGCACAAUUAUACAUAAAUCUUUGGAACGAAUUUUGAUUAGAUAUGAGCGAAUGCCAACUGAUUUAAAUUCCAUUGUAUUUCCGGAUGGAACCCAAACAAAUUCAACGCGAAAUACACAGAUAUUUGGAGGAAUUUUGACAACUAGUUUGUCUAGAUAUCUGUAUCAUAAUCGAUGGCUAUGGCACAUGAAGCGACCAUUUGUACAAACAAUUCCGGGGAUUACAUUACCAAGAUUGAAUAUAACUGCCAUUGCAAGAAUUCUGUCUACAAUUACAAAGAUGCGUUUAGUUGAGGGUUUUAAUUUUACUUAUUCAGCGGCGGGCAUCAUGAAUAUGGUUCUUGAAGUACAAAUGCAAGGAGUUGGUAAAGGUGAUGCAUUGUAUCCAUGCAUUAUUCAAUAUAUUUUAUUUCCUCCACAUGUUACAUCGAAUACAACAGUAGAACGCGACAGUGCAUCCGAAGAAGAUACAGAUGAGGGUACCGCCGAUGGCGAAGUGAGUAUGGAUGAUUUUGAGGGUUUUGGUGACUUCCAAAUUGUUUCUGAAAUUUGGAUUGAACCACAGUGCGGUUUCUCACAACUACCAGCACAGUCUACCGCAGCUUAUAUGCAUCAGUUGCAAUAUCAUGAGAUUCCAGAUGCAAUUGCUCGAAUAGACGAAGAAUGUAUCAAUGCCUUAUUAACUCUGGAAUACUUGAGUUUAUUAAGUCAAGUAAUACCCAGUGAGAAGAGUACCGACAUUGUUUAUGGACAAAUCUAUCAAGAUAGUAAAUUGUUAAAGAAAAGUAAUAGAAAUAACAAGAAUAACGGUGCCAGUGCUGAAGAAUCAUAUGAAGGAUUAUCAAUGAACGAUGAAAAAAUACAUAUGAUGCAUUUCUCUUUUGAUAUACUAAAUAUACUACCAAAAUGCCAACAAGCAGAACUAUUAUUUUCUAUAUUUGGCAGUGGUUUAACUGAGGCUGACCGAGGACGAGAAAGUGCAAAUAAGAUUUUAAUGGAUAAUUUGCUAGAGCACAUGAAACAAUUGCACAACAAAGAACUUUUAUUAACUUCAGCUGAUUCACAGAGAUUCACAAAAAUGCUUCUUAAUAGACGUCGUGUUGGUGGUCCACCCUUACCAUUUUUUUCCCAAAAAGAAUUUCCAGAGGAUUCUUCAUCUAAUAUCGAGCUAAAUUCCUAUCCACGUUGGAAAUGUUUUGUAAAAGGAAUUAGUACAACACAUGUAAUUAUUACAAUCUUACCUGCAUCAGAAAAGGAUGUCCAUUUAUUUAUGUCACCCUUGUAUACAGAAGAGUGUUUAAACGAGUCGAAGCCGGACAAUGAGUUUAUGGAUGAUCCUGCAGCAAGAAUAGAUGAACAAAGAAAUGCUCAAGAUUUCGAAGGAAGUUUGGUCAUUCCCGUUUAUGUAUACGAUUGCUCCUUAGCUUUGUUAAUUGACACGUUAAUAGACAAAUUAAAGAUAUCGCAUAACAAAGACAUUUAUCAGGAUCAUACGUUUAGAGUAAGUCAUCAGGAGUGUAAAGACUUUGUGGAAUUAAAAUCUGAUUAUAGUUCAAAGCCAAUCAUUUCUGAACAAAAAAGCGAAGAUUCAGAGAAUACUUCCAGUGACCAACGAAGUCUGAUGGAGCACUGUAAAUUAUUAAGUUUGGCUCACUGUCAUUGUUACGUGGUUGCUGUUUAUAAAUCAUUGGUACUGCAACAAUCCCUCAGUUACGAGGACAUGGAAGCUGCGGUAGAACAAUGCGAAGAAACUUUAAUUGAAAUAAACAUAACAAAUUAUUUGCGAUCCGUGUGCAGACAUUUGAGUAGAUUGUCUGACAAUGAUGUGUUAGAUGAACUGAAGGCUACUGUGUGCGACGAUGUUAAGCCCUUACACGAUUUAAUUAAAGAGAAAUUUGAGAAGAUAAUUACAGUUGCCUUUAGACCCGUACCUGCGCACCCUGAAUUUUAUUAUUGUUCACCAUUUUGGUCGGACAAUGAAGCGGAUCUUGUUGGAUUUGAAAGAACAGAAAGCAUCGAUGCAAUGGAGGAUCUCGCAUUUCAUUCAAUAAAUAAUGAUUAUGCAUCGCAAAGCCUUCACAGUACGGGAAAUAUGUCGUGGCCAACCAGAGAUAUACAUAAUAUAACGGAUCUUUCAAGUCAUAGCUCUGAAGAAUCUCUCGACAGUGAUUUCCAGGAACAGAACAUUUAUAGAAACGAACAACCUCUCUUUUUACAAUUAAAUUGUUCUGUGCGAUUUCAAUCCAAGUCUGGGUUUUGUAGUAUUCCUGUAAAAUCUCUACCAACUUGUUUCAUGGAAAUUAUUCAAAAAAUGGAAGAUUAUAAAGACAAAAACAUAGUUGGUUUAAAUUUAACCGAUUUAAAAAUCACUUUGGAUAUCAUUUGCUUAAAUCUACCAAGGGAGGUGUUAGAAAUAAGCCUGGAACGCUAUUCAGGUUUGAGAGCAACAUCUUUUUGUAGCGGUUCUCCAGUUGGUAGCUUGCGAACGGAAAGUGGAAGCAGUUUGGAAAAUAAUGCUAGAAACGAGUCGUUUCAAGAAAGAAUGUCCCACCUUCCUUUGAAUCAGCAUAAUGCUAUCAGCAAUUUGAAAGACGAAAUCGAGUGGCUUUUACAAGAUGAAACUGCAACUGCCCUUUUGGAUCGGCCAUAUGUAAACGAAGAGAUUUUAAAUUUCGUCGCGAAUCAUAUUUCAGAAUCAACGGACAGAUUUAGUUGUAAAGUAGAGAAAGUAGCUUUGCAUUUUGUUUUUCCUUCGGAAGAUAGUAAACCAAAAUUCAUAAGCGAAUUGAAGAAACUCCAAAUCGACAAAUAUUGUAUUCGAGAAGAAGGGAAUCUAUUUUAUUUUGUGAAGAAUUUGGAACAAACAUUGGCUGAUCCUGUGACUGAAAAUUCCAAAGGUGAUAAUAGAGGAUUAAAAAAGAAAAAUGGCAAUGGUGUGGAAGAUACAGGACAGGAAAAAAAAUAUUGUACGGAAAGUAACUUGAGAGCUCACUUUAAAGCUCAAAAGAGUUAUUCUGAACUGUCUGAUGUAAUUAAGGAAACACCAGGAAUGAGUGAUGGAUGCAAACAAGAGGGUAAUUCUAAGAAUGGUUUCCAGUGGCUAAUAGAUCUUGACAAUCGUGAAAGUUCUUUACCAAAUUUCUGGUUGAUUUUAAACGUUGAAAAUGACUAUGUCAAUGUCUACUUCCAUUGUAGAUUUUUGGAAAUUGUGUCACCAGAAGUAAAUAGUUAUUGGCAUACUCAGAAGAUGUUGGUUUCCCAAAUAAAAUGCACCUGUCGCAGAGUAAACCAGUAUUUACUGUUACAAAAUCUUCACAAAACGAGUAAAUGCUCGGAGCUUUUGGAAACUGACUCGAGCGAAGAUUACAAUUGGAAAUCUGAAACAGCUAAUGAAUUUAGCAGUGCCAUGCAGAACAGUUCAAUACUAAACUUCACGCCAGGAAUGUUCCGAUGUCGGGUUGUUUGGAAAUUCACUUUCCGUCUACAUCCUCGAUUGAAAACUGGCCCUGGAAGAUCAGGACUUUCCCGAGGUAUAAAAGCUUUACACGGCGUACUUGAUAGAUUUGCCGUAAGUAAUCGAAGCAAUAUGUUUGUGUAUCAAGAGAAUAAUAAGAAUGUGUUUUACUUAAGACUACACGAACAAAUAACUAAUGGAAAAUCUCUGCAAAAUAAAUUGUCAGAGAGCGACGAGCAACUCGUUGUUUCUAGAAGUAACAGUGUAGUUUCGUUGUCGCAAGUUAAAUUAAAUGAGAAUAUCGCAUCGAACGAUACAAGACCAAGAGUUCGAUCUUUCAGCGAGAAAGAAUCAAACGUUCUAAACAAAACUGAAGACUUGAUCAUCCUGAUGGUGCAUGGAAUUUCUGAUGCAGGUCCAGAAGUAAAACGAGAUUUGGUACAAGUCCUGCAAAAUCGUUUAGAUGAUGCGGUGCUUGAAGUUUUGUCAAUCAUGUUAGCACGAAAUCCAAUGUGUAAAUUAACUCCUGCCGAUGUUCAUUUUAUCCAACCGCCAAAGUCGCCAGAAUCUGUGAUACAGCUAAGCAUACAAAAAUACUGUAUACCGCAUGUUGUCGCUUUGGAGUUUUAUUUACGACAAAAUAUACUUCAGUUCUUGUAUAUACCAAAGUAUACCGAUAACAGACCAGAAUAUCACUUCCAGGAAUAUUCGCAGCUCGAAGAGCCGACGACGAAGAGUGCCGAGUCGGAUAUAUUCUUAUACAAUCAGAGCCAUUCCAGCGGUAGCAAGGGUAUCGCCUGUAUAGCGUUGUCGAUUACAGGAACACCUGAAAAAUCAUCAGUCGAAUCGUUGGAAAAUGAAGAAGCAAAUGAUAGUUUUCCUGAAACGAUAACCACUCAAGAUUUCGAGAACAUCGUGUCUACGUCAGUUUUUGACAAAAACUCGGGUGAAUCGCCACCCUUGAUUGAAUUCAAGAUCUGGAAACAAGGGAGAGUUAAUCUAGAAACGUUAGGACAAAAGUUGCGUUCCGCGGUUAAACAUGCUAUUUGGGAUUUAAUUACGGAAUACAAGUUUCUGUCUACCCCUUUGACAGAAUCAUUUGAAAGAAACAGUUUGGAGACAUCUGUUGAACCUAAAAAAGGACAAGCAUCGGCGAAGAUUGAAAGUGUAGCAAAAGCAGCACAAGAUCUGUUCGAAACAGGCGAAGAAGGAAAAUUACAUAGCGUUUAUUGUAUUACAUUAUCAAAAUGGUUUCAGUUUGCUCUGGAACUUGGAGUUCCAUCCGUGAAAAAACAUGAAGUCAUCAUCACCCACAGACACGCUAUAUCUACAAUCAUUAAAGAGUUAGAAACUCUGAUACAAAAUCAAGUACCAGAUACUUCUUGUAGAACGUUUAUUCUAAGAGAUAGACAACCUUUUGUUGAAAAAUUUGUUUUGAAUGAAGAAUCGACAAGAAACAAUGAAAAUAAUUAUGUUUUACCAGAGAAUAAAGAAAAUGUAGAUUUACCUUUCAACGUACCAUGUGAUUUUAGUAAGGACGUAUCAGGAUCCUGUACCAAAUGUAUUUUAAUUGCUAGAAACUUUUAUCAAUGGAAAGCUUCUUUCGAUAAAAAGGUGCAACCAGAAUUACUUAUUCCAAAAGAUCAAAAGGUGCUACAGAAAUUUAAUCCUUUAUUAUUGGAAUCUAAUUUUGUAUCAAGACAACGAAUAUUGCUUGCUGAAGUUCAAAGUAAUAAUAUUACUAUCUAUAUGUAUAAUUGGUCAAAGGAAAAAUCUGAGAAGUUGAUAAAACAAACUACCGCUUUGGGUACAUGGCUUUCUUCGAGGUCGAAUUUUUUGACAAAUGUAAUAAUGCACAAAUUGGGAAUAUUUCAUCACCAGUUACACCCUUCAAGGGAUCAAACAAACUCCCAAUACUUUCAAACUGUGGAUAUGGAGAGUCUUACGAAAUUUUCAAGUGGUGCAUCGCACAAUGAUGGAAAAGAUUGGACGAAAUUUAAUAACAGAGCUCAAAAUAUAAAACACAAUCAGUUUUCGUGGAAUGAAAUAAUUGGUCAAAUGAUGCGCGAUGUAAAACCCAAUAGUCAUUUUCAUAAUAAUGAUGAUUCAACUGUAAAAGCUGUUCAUGAUUUACAAGAUUUACGGUGUCGUGAGAAGAAAGGAAAAGAGGAUUUAAACAAAUUAUAUGCAAUGUGGCAGAACCGUAGUGCUACUCCAAACUUUCCAGUUUCGAUUACUGCUUUAAAUACAUUCAAACAAUAUUCUCGUUUGAUACAUUUUUGUCAUACACCAUUAUUAUUCUUACCUUCAUGGCGUUUACAAUCUGCCGCAACAAGAGAUCAUUCGCUAACAUUACAAUCUUCGUUGAACCAAAACAUUAACGUUUAUCAACAAUUAUCGCAACAAGAACGAAAGAAUCAAAGUGAACAAACAGACCUUGUAAAAUGGCAUCAAGAAUUAUGUAGCCUGAUGUUAUCUGAAUACAAACAAUAUCUUCAAAUAUUGGGCUUUAGUCCUGUUCAACUGGAAGCAGUAGAUAAAAGUUCGGAGAAGCAAGUUCAACAACAAUCUUAUUAUCUCAAAAAGUCAAUGCUUGGAGGAGUAUUACUAUUUGAAAUUCAUUUAUCCCAACCAUUUUUCAUUGUUAAAUUACAUAUUAUUGAAUGCAGUCGUUUUCAAACAAAAACUAGCAGCGCUUUAAUUAAUCAAUUUAUGUUGAGUUUUGUGGAUGCAUGUGACAAAAUCAAGAUCAAUAUGCAUUUGCAUUCAUUUACGUACGAUUUCCAUUUACGUUGCAUCCAUUCAUAUAUUGCUGGUACUGGAUCUUGGUCAUUACAGCAAGGCUAUCAUCUUAUCCAUUUUCUUGAUGAUUUCAAUAAAUAUUACAGCAAAGCGCCAAAUUACGCGAGAAAUCUUAUAUAUAGUGAUAUAGUGACUAUUCGCAAUUUGACCAUACCAGGUCGCAUCCUCUAUUCUUAUUUAUUAUCUCAUGAAAAGACCUAUAACAUGCGCGUGUUUGUAAUGAAAAAUGAUCAUCAAGACGCUCAAGAAAGUGAAUAUGUCUUAGUAAAUUUAAAAAGUACUCCAUUGAUUAGUCAUUGUGAUACACAAGAUACGAAGUACACCGACGAUUUCGAUGUUGCGCUUAUCGUGUCACAUUUAGAACUAUCUUCACAAGGAGAUAAAUCAGAAAUUACAUUAAAAUAUUAUUUAAUGUUAACUAGUAAAAGAGAAUUAUAUCCAAAGAGAGAAGUAGAAAAUAAUAAACUUGGAAAGUUUCGCACGGUAUACAGUAUAGAAAAAUCUGUAGCAAAUACUUAUUCUGAAUCUAUUACGGACAUCUUCAAAGAAUCUUUUUCAAUUUUUCAAGAAUGCAGUCUGGAGUCAAGUGAUAAAAAAAGUGAUACUAAAGCAUCUAGUCCAAAUUUUAGCAGUAGUUAUAAUAGUACGAGUGCACCAACACCUCCGCCGGUACCUAAUUCUCCACUGACACAAAAUGUAAAUCCUCCAAGUGUAUCAAUAAACACUUCAUCGCCGCACUUGAUUCAAAUACGACAGGAAUCAAUUAAUUAUUUGGGCUAUUAUUCAUCGCACGAACAAUUGAUGCAAGAAACAAUAAUGUCGCAGGCAGAGGCAGCUCGUAUGCAUAUAAUGAAUAUGAUAGAACGAGGAACACUUCAAUGUAGAACACAUCUCUUAUGGAAUAAGUUGUUGGAAAGUAAAUCUACAAUGAAUUAUAUAGAAUUCUCUGAACUUUGCAACUUAGCUCAUGUCGAGCCUUUGUCAAAUUUGGAUCCAAGGCUCAGACCAUUUGUUAAUCAACCAGUUUCUUGGUAUCAAACGUUAUCAAAAGUUUUGCAAAACAAAUAUCAAGAACAGCAUAAGCAGUUCAAUACACCAGAUGGAAACAUUACUCAUCUUCUUAUAUUACAUCCAAGUUUCUUUCAAGUUUUUAUGAUGUUGACCAUUGAUUUACAUGCAUCUCGAGGGGACUUGUAUGCAGUUUAUUGUAAAUCAGAAGAAGUAAUUAAUUCUUCGUGUUAUAUUGAUGAUAUUUAUAAUCUAAUUGAAGGAUUUGUGAAUGCUUGUUGUUUUCAUUUGUGGAUGAGUCUCUACAGUUAAUGAUAACUAUACAUUCCAAACAAAUUUUAAAGUACUUGUACUUAUUAUUUAUAUAAAUAUGUAUGUAUAUUAUAAUGUAUCUGACAUCAAAUAGAAAGUUAAUUGUAUUACAUAUAAAAAAUUAAAUACAUUUUCGGUAACAGCUAUUAUCGAUGCUGUAAUUUUUACAAAAAAUAUAUUUUUUUAAUUAAUCUCUAA